AUGGCUCCGAAGGGGAAGUCCAAGGUUGUGUCGGAAGCCUCGUCGCUGGACGCUCCCUCGUCUUCAUUGGAUGCGCCAGCCCCGUCGCCUGCUCCUGCUUCUUCUGACCCUUGUGGCAAAGGCAAGGGCAAGGCUACUGAGGAUUCAGUCAAUGUACCUCUUACUGAUGCUCCAGCAAGUGGAUCCGGUCUCUCCUUGGAGGAGAAGUUGAGCUCUCUUCGUACAACGACUCCUGACAGCGGUUUCCUUGAAGAUGAUUAUGACGAGGAGCUCGAGGUCGAAGUCAAGACGGAAGCGUUCAACCGUGUUUGCUACACUGCGAUUCUGCUGAUACCUGUAGCUCUCGCCCUGGAGGUCGCUUCCGUUAUCACCACGGCGCAGACCCUGAUGCGGCGUGUCUCGUCGUCUACGCUCUCUGUUGGCGCCGUUGACUCGGCGAAGUUCCAGGAGCUACUGCCGGCGUACGUGGCGAAGACCCGUUACAGUCGCCUGCAGGUCUCUCUCCUGCGCGAAGAAGAUAUUAUGAGCAUCAGAUCCAAGGAGGUGGAUUACACGCGUCCUAACGGCAUGGUCUUCCGUCUCUACUGGCAACACACUGACGGUCCUGCCUUUGUGCGUGAACGCGCGAAGAACAAGCAAGCGAUUGAGGUUGUGAUCCGUGACGUACCUGCGACGAAGACCCCGGAGAUGCUGCGGGAGCUGAUGGUGAUCUACCAGCUGCGAAAUCGGCGGCAGUCGGCCUUCAAGGACGGAGUCUGCUUCCACAGCGUUCUGCAUCCCGUCACUGGAGCUGAUACCGAUGUCGUCAAGGGACUUGUGAUCCCUCAUCCUGGCGACAGAUACCGCUGGCGCCAUGUGUUCGAGGAUCCCUCGGAGAUCGGUCGUCGCUUCUUGGCGAAGGGGAAAAGCUUCAUGACUGCGGCGGAUCACGUCACCUCUGCAAAUCACCUCAUUCACCUGGAGAAGCUCGGAUAUGCGACACGUGUCUCACUCAAAAGAGCAAGCCUCAAUGUCACGAAGGAGGAGUAUGGGCUCUAA